AUGUCUCGUAACCGUUUCUUGAGACUUAUGAAGUGCCUCCACGUUGUUAAUAACCUGGAAGUUACAGAAGAAGAGAAGAAGGACAAGCUGUGGAAGCUUCGACCCUGGAUUUUGGGACUGCAACGCAAUCUUGCAAGCAUCGAACAAGAGGAAUUUAAUGCGGUUGAUGAAAUCAUGGUCGCAUUUACAGGGAGGAGCUUUCUAAAACAAUACAUUCCCAACAAGCCGACACCAUGGGGGUUCAAGCUAUGGGGACGAGCUGGUACGACUGGCAUUCUUUACCAGUUUGAAGUUUACCAGGGACAGUCCAAUCAAGAAUACAGAUAUGGGCUUGGAGGCGACACUGUCCUUAGCAUGUGCAAUGAAGUGCCAUCCGAUGAAGGUUUCAAAGUUGCAGCUGACAACUUUUUUAGCAGCUUGGAUCUUGUGGAAGAGCUCACUGGAAGAGGCAUCCAAUUUGUUGGAACGUUGCGCCAAAACAGACUCGGAGAUUGCAAGCUUUUGGAUGAAAAAACUUUGAAAAAGCUUGGCCAAGGCGCACAUGACCAUAGAGUGGAUAAUGCGAAAGGCCUUGCUGUUGUUCGUUGGUUUGACAGAAAAGCCGUGACACUUGUGUCAAACUUUGUGUCGGUAGAGCCAGUAGGACAUGUAAAAAGGUAUGACCGUAAAGCCAAGGUGCACAUUGAUGUCCCCCGGCCGGAUAUCGUGGCUGUUUACAACAGUUUCAUGGGAGGUAUUGACCAGCACAACUACCAAGUAUCCCUGUACAAGUACACCAUCAGGUCUAGGCGCUGGUAUUUAUACAUAUUUUACCACACCAUCUACAUCUGUGUUGUGAAUGGAUGGAAUAUCCACUGGCGCCAAUGUGCACAGCUUAACACAAAGCCAAUGAAGCUAAGAACAUUCAUUGCAAUGUUGUCGGAAAGCUUGAUGCUGUCAGGGAAAGCUCCAAGGGGACGGCCGGCGUGCUUGCCAUCACCUCCAGCGAAGAAAAGGAAAGUUACGCCAAAAGAGCUGCAAAACGACAUCCGAAAGGAUGGUGUUGGGCACCUACCACUUGUCACCAGCAACAGGCUACGAUGCAAGAACUGUGUACCAAGCGCAAACAGAUUCAGCUCCAUCAUCUGUGCAAAGUGUGAAAUCACCCUGUGCGUCAACAAGGACAGAAACUGCUUCUAUGAGUACCACAAGCCACGAGCCUAUGGCUGUGCACUUAUGCCUGAAGAGAGCCCACUGUAUCAUAUGUGA